CACAAGUCCUAAAAACCGAUCCAUUCCUGACUGACAAAUCUAUUUAGCCCGAGACUACAUAUGAGUGGUGGUAGGUACCUAUCAACAUUUAAAUCCUCCUAGCUCGAUUUCGAUAUGUACGAUGAUGAAUAAUCAACAUGGAUUCAGACAGGUUGAAGCAAUUAGAAAAAGCCGAGGCGGAAUUACACCGUCGUCGUGAACGUGGGAGACUAGCGCAGCGCGCAUUUCGGAAGCGUCAUGGUAAAGCGACACAGGAUAAGCACACUGAGACUCAGAAGUUGAAAGCUGCUAUAGAGGAGAUCGUCCGGGUAGUACGCCGUGAUGAUCGUCCCGAAUUGAUCCGAGCUGUUCGGGAAGCAGCCGAGAUGACUGGGUCGGAUGUACAGAUAUCCGAUGAUAGUCCCGGUACUACUGAAAGGGCUACUAUGAGGCCGGCGUUACCAUUACACAACUUGGGCGAUCUUGUGCCCCUUAUUGCGGAUCCACCACCUGGGCUGACAGCGUCGACCCAAGGAAAAGUCGCUUUUAAGAAUAAUUGGCUGAAUUGGAACCUCAACUAUCCGGUGUCAACUACAUCUGGAGCUAAACUGGAUUCGGCACAAACAAGCACGAGACCGGGCUAUGGAAAUUGGUUCGAAACAGACCGAUAUAUACGAAACGACAGCCCCCCUUUAGACAUCAUCCCAUAUCUCGGCACGGGGAUGACGACGUUUGCCGGGCGAUUAUUCUGGGCCAGUGGAGAGUAUCUACUCCAUCUUUGCUGGCAGGCUGAAGCCAACGAGAAGAUAAACCCGCGCGUCGCAAGGGAGGCCAAUGAAAGGAUUUGGAAUAUGAUUCGACAUUCACAACCUCUACACAAUGUACGAUAUAUCAUAGCCUUGGCGGAGGCGCGCCGGGAGUUCCGCGACCGUGGUUUCAUUGAGGGGAAUAAUCCAGCGGGAGAGGCCGACUCGGGUUGUCUUUUGAAUGAACAUGUAGUGGCGGACUAUAAGGCAAGAGGCGAGGACCCAGCUGGUUGGUUAUCUCCAAUAGCUGUCGAACAGGAACUUCGCAAACGCUUGAGUCAAGAGUCAUACAAGCAAUUUGAGACGGCACUGGAACGCUGGGGAUCAAAUGAGGCAGAAGGACCAGUCGCCGAGGUGGUUCAAUCUCUGAUUCAGAAUCUAGUAACAAGUUUCGUAUGUUUUGGGGAUGGACCUCGGUGGCACACUGACUUUGUGGCGGCCUUAUUCGGCGGGCACGUUCGGGUUACGGCGGCAUAAGACAAUUCUCACAAAACGAGAAGUUCAGUGAAAAAAUAACGACGGAUAGGGGUUAUCGAUCACCUAUAGGCCUAUGAAAAUUGGCCGUAGGUCUAUUCCAAACUACCUACCGAGGUAUGCUUGGUUGUAGAAUUAGUUUGGGAUCCGGAAGAA